UCUGCUCCGGUGCUCCCCCCCUGGCGAAAAGUGGAAUGGUCAAAACACAUCAACGGUUCUGAUCGUGAGAUACCUGUUCGGAUUCAGGGUUAAUUUCGUAAUUUCACGUUUCUGACAGAUACGUAUAGGCCCCGUACAAGCCCGUAUGGCCCGCGACUGUUCUGUACGUAUUCGGUCUACCGUCGUGUACGUGGCGAAGUCACGUGCGUGUACCGAAGCGGAAGGGACGUAUAAAACCUUCGUCGGCUGCUCCGCCUCCCUCGCCCCACCAUUUCCCCCCCAAAUCAGGUACGGAGAAAACCCUCUCCCUCGGCCACUUCGUCUUCUCCACUCCGUCUCCAGUGCCAGUUCUCUUCUCCAAUCCCUUCUUCUCCGCGCAUUUCCGUCGAAUCGGAGGCCGAUGGAGGGUAGCAGCUCCACUGCGCGGGCGUCCGCCGCUACCUUGGUCAAGAACACCGGCGUGGCGGAGGCAGAUGUGGUGCCGGGUGGAUGGAGCCGUCGUGGUGCGGCCGCGUCGGGCGGAGGCUUGGUGCUGACGGUGGCGGAUGAGCAGGAGCACGGACUCGGCGGCGAGAUCGUGCCGGAUCUGAAUGUGCAGCCAAUGGCGGAAGACCCUCUGCUUGGUGAGACCUCCUCUGUCCGCAAGAGGAAGUUUGAGGAGUUUGAUGACUCGGAGGACUCUGGCCACUCCUACAUUUCCAGCGAGGUCGAUUCCGGGGACGCCGUGUCGUACAACUCCGAUGCUUCAUCUGAUAAUGAAGUCAGCAAGUACUACCGCAAGUUCCAUCCCUCCAAGCAGGUUCCUAGGGAUGGUAUGCGUGAAGGACUUGUUAGCCAUGUGAAGGAGGUGCACCCGAAGGAUCUCCGCGACAAGGCGAACCAUGCUGCCCCGAGGAAAGUACUGGAGUACUAUGGUCAGGAUUGA